AUGACUCGAACAAGAGAUGUUCGUGAUCAGAUUGUUGGUCUCUGUGAACGUGCUGAAGUAGAAUUAAAACCGAAUCCAAACUCGGGUGACUUAUUGCCUAUUCAAAAAGUAAUUGGGCAUCUCAAUUGUGUGUCAGGGGUUUUUCAUGAACGCCGCUCGAAUUUCGCGUUUUGGAGAAUCUUAUCAAAAGUCAAAUACGGAGAUCCGAGAAGAACGAUAUAUGUUCAUCCAAGUAGUUCAUUAUUUCAAGUAAAUCCGAAAUGGGUUCUCUUUUAUGAAUUGGUUCUCGCAAGAAUCGAACCUACUGGGAAAAGAAAUCCCAAACCAUUAGGAAGUUUUGGUGACCCGGAAACUAGAAAUCCGAAGAUAGCUG